GUCGCCGCGUCAAGUCGCGACGUCAUUCCCGCGAUUCACGUCGCGAACUAACACGAUCGCAUUCCCUUUUUGUUUAUUUUCGCGUCGUCCGUUUUGUUGCCGCAUCGAGACGAAAAGGAGGCGGAUGGAUCGAGCGACCAGAGAAGAUUGGUGCAGGCCGCCUGGAUAACACCAGCCUGCCGUCGGCGCCUUCACAGCUGAAACCGACAACUAAACCAAACAAUAACCACGAAAUCGACAAACCAAAGCCUCCAGUCAUAUCUUUCGUUUCAAAAUUUUAAUAUAAGCACUAUUUUUUUAACCUUUUAAAAUUACGCGCAUAGUAUACGCUAACUCCCAAACAGUACAAAUUAAUUUAAGUCUGAAGUGAUCGGUAUUUACAAUAAAAAAGCCUUGAAGAAUUUUUAAGAGAAUCUAUCAACGACCAGUAUUUAAACGUUCCAAAAUAAAUAAAUCGUUAAACGAGUGCACAAAAUAUUUUAUCGAUAGUUAAAAAUUGUAUCGCAACGAUUCCUCGAGCGUUUUCUAAAUCAGCCAAAGAUUUUAUAAGCCUGUAGUUAUAAGACUUAUGUUAACUGCCUCUCGUUAAGGACCUUUACAUUAUUUAUUUCCUAGUGAGAAAAUCAAGAUAUUGUGAUUAGUGUAGUGUCAACCGGUGUGCCGUAUAAUCGUAACGUAAGUGCUAUUUAGUAGAUAUAGUCGCGGACAAAACGAAGCCAGAUCAAAAGUACAAAUUAACAAGUUCCAGUGCAGUUCCGAGUGUUCAUAACGUUAAUAGACUUAGUAGAGCUUAUUUUUGUAAGAGAUUGAAGCAGAAGACGCAAUGAGGUUGCGUCGAGGUAUUACGUCAUGAGCGAAGCGCUCAGGAGCGAGGCGGGCGCGGAUAGCGCGCACCUACCGCCCUUCUCGACGUUCGGUGACAUGGCGGAGAACGAGCAACGGAUCCUCACCGCCGACACGAGGCUCCUCGACCCAGCGUGGGAGUACUACGAGCGGACCGGCGACACGGUGUCCGUGAUCGCCAGCCAGCCGCAAUACCGGCCCUGGGAGUCCAUGCCCAUCACGGUCAACUCGAAGGACGCGAUACUACGAGCCGGCUUCUCCACACCCCUGGAGUACCAAUCAGUCACGCUACAGCCUAUACCAAAUAAGCUACCGUCCUUCCAAAGCCAGUUCCAAACAUUUCCAGAGACCACAGUCAUUCCUGAAACAGGGUUACCGAGCGUGACGCCUGUACCCGUCACAUCGAGCCCUACGCCAAGCGCGAGCCCUAGUCAGUUAACCCAGCUCACGCAGCUCACGACACCGUCAUCUCCAGCGCACUUGACCACGUUAGCGCAAGUCACGCCUUUAUCUACCACGUUGACAACAUUAUCACCCGUCAACGCAACGACAUUCCACACUCUAACAGCGGUUAACGCUAGGAGUUAUCCGAUCGUUCCGGCGCCUUUACAAGCCAGGGAAUUAGCACCCGCCACUCAAACAUACAUCGACGAUCGGCACAUACAGCUUUAUCAACCAAACAUUGCUACAAUAAACGCUUUUCCAACUCAGAAUGGAAUUUUACAUCAAAACGGGACCCUACUUCAGCAGAACGGUAGCAUAAUACACAACAUACAAAGUCCCACAGUAGUUCACGUGCUAAAAAAUGAACCGUUUGACGUAAAAUCGUUACAAGACAAAUAUACGCCAAAUGGAUUGCACCACAGUAAUUUCCAAAACCCAAUGUUAUUAGACAACGGCUAUGAAAAGAAAAGCAAUGGCUUUAUUAGUGCCUCAUCACCAACGCGAUCAGACUACAGAAAGAAGGAGAGACGGAAAAUGCGAGCAAAUAGUUCAGAAUCGGACGGGUCUAAUAUGGAAGUCGGAUCGGAGAAUAGUGGUCAAGUUGCGGCGGUAUCAUCCACAGCAGGCUUUAAAUCGCCAAUGCAUGGAGCUCCGCCAAUGGCUACUGGACCAAUGGAUCUCGACGAUAUAUCCAAUGAAAAACAGUGCUUCCCGUCACAGACUAAAAAGAAGAGGAAACGUUGCGGCGAAUGUAUAGGCUGCCAAAGAAAAGACAACUGCGGCGACUGUGCGCCGUGUCGUAACGAUAAAUCGCAUCAGAUUUGUAAGCAGCGGAGAUGCGAAAAAUUGACCGAGAAGAAGCUUAUUUUGGCGCCGGACGGGACCUUGCAGACGGUCAAGAGUGAGUCGCGGCGAGGUCGGGGCAGAGGGCGCGCUGCGUCAACUCCUGUCUUACAAGACAUCAAGAGCUACCGCGGCCGCAAGCCGCUCGGAGGCACCGUAGUAGCGCCAGUAGGGCUCAGUCCGGGCGUCCCCGCCGCGGCGUCCCCCAGCCCCGCGCCCGCCGCGCCCAGCCCCGCGCCCGCCACCACGCCGGCCAUGAAGCAGGAACACCCCAGCCAGCCGAUGGCGCCAAUGCCGUUCUACGCAGGAGACCCGAACAGGUUUCCGACGACUUGGCAGACAGACCCGUCACAAGGAUGGCAGAAUCAAUUCAUACAACAAUUGCCAACUCAAACGGGACAGACUACUCUGGACUACCAGGGCAACCACACGCCAUACGCGACGUCUCCGCAUUACCAGGCCAACACUACGUACACCGUCCAGAAUGUCGCUACAACAUUCGACGUCACGAGUAACACAUACUAUCAAGCGGGCGUGCAAGCAGUGCCCGCCCCAAGACCACCGUCAAACAGAGGCGCUUAUACCCCGGUUCCUUCUCCAAGAGCCCCCCACUAUACGACGGAGUAUCAGCAGCAAUACGCACAACAAGCUCCUACUACUGGAGUAACAGCAGGGAAUGAAUCCAGACCGGCCUCUGCAGCGUCCUACCAAAGCGCAGUUCCAACUACAGCCGCACCCGUUUAUACAGUAAGCCAACAAAACUAUGAGCGCGCUGAAUAUACGUCAGAGCACUCAGAAGAUUACAAUAACGGCGGUGACAAUACAACAAGCGAUUCAAACAAUGACGGUGAUAGGCAAGAACAAAAUACCCAGAAUGGACAGCAUUCGGGAAACGCCGAGCCUGGAUACCUGCAGGGGAGCAACGGUCCGCGAGCUUCACUCGAUUGUAGCGGGUAUUCGGGCGGCUAUACAAGCGGACAACACAAUGAAAACAAUCAAACACAAAAUCAAAACGAUUGGCAACAACGGCAAUGGCAACAUAACCAAAGAUUACAGAAUCAACAAAUCCAAAACCAACAGCAAAUUAACCAAAUGCAGAGUCAACAGCAACAAUUGCAAAAUCAAAUCAACUAUCAGAACCAACAAAUGCAAAAUCAGCAAUUACAAAACCAACAAAUUCAGAAUCAACAAAUGCAAAACCAACAAAUUCAAAAUCAACAAAUUCAAAAUCAGCAAAUGCAGAAUCAGCAGAUGCAAAAUCAACAAAUGCAAAAUCAGCAGAUCCAAAAUCAACAAAUGCAAAACCAACAAAUGCAACAGCAAAGACAAGAGGAGUCUGAACAGCAGAUGUUCUCUCAAUCAGACAGGGUUAAUUUGAACUCGAGACUGAAAACAAUGAUAUUGAAUAAGCAAAACCACACACGCGAUGGCACGAAUACGCCUCCUGACAAAGGCGACCCUGGAGAGGGGCCGCCUCGAGGGUUAGACGAUAGAAAAGGCUGUGUAUCCGUCGCUGACGAUAGAAAUACUACCGGUCAUUUUUUAUCGUAUAGCCACCAUCUCCGAGGUAAUUACCGCGUAGGCGACCAGGUAUAUCCUGUCGCUGGUAAUUAUACACACAAUUCCCACACUUAUAGUGCGGGUGAAUUCGGAGGUGGUGGCCACCACGUAUGGGAGGGGGGGACGCAAGUCCCGAGAGAUUAUGAUAAGCACAAUACAUCGGAGAACGUUUCUAAAGCUCCUCAAAAGCUGCCGUCGUAUUCUGAUAUGAGAGGCCAAUAUAACAGUUAUACUAAUGUACACUAUGAUGCGCAUAAAUAUACGGAAAUGUAUGCUAAUGAUAAUAUAAGCUAUAAUCAGCAACAAGAUAGUAAAGAUUUUCAAUCAAAAAUGCUUAUUGGACCUGUAUCGGAAAUGAAUCAACAAAAUUGCGUGCCGCCUCGAGAUGUAAACGCACAAAAGAGAGCUUAUGAAAGAGAAGCAUAUGAUGCAAAAUUCAAACAUCCGUCUGCACCUUUAAUACCUAAAUUAGAAGCACCUGAUAAUUAUCAAUAUCAACAAGACGAAAGAAUGAAAACAGAACCACGGCAAAGAAUGGUAGUCCAAACUUCUUAUCCUAACAAUUUAAUUGACCCUAAACGAGAUUAUCAAAAUGGUGUAAUACCAAGAUCACAAUCUAACAUUUUACCACCCAUUUCUACUAUUAAGCAUGAAAGUUUUCAUCAGAAACCAGUGGCCUUCCAACAAUUUCAAAACUAUCCUUUAGAACGGAGACCAGAAACUGUUGAGAAUUACGCACAAAUGCCACGGCUACAUGAAAAUAUGGGGUUUCAACGAUAUAACAGAAAUUUUGAAACUAAAACAAAAGAUGAUCGAAAAAUUAUCCCGGGUAACGUGACAUUGGAACCAAAGCCACCUUAUUAUAUAGAGCAAAUAAAAUCCGAACAUUCACCACCAGGACACAAAAUAUAUAAAAAUAUAAAUUAUGGUCCAUCAAAGAGCGAACCGUACAUGUUUGCUGGUGACGGGGGACCCGCUGCUAUAACAAAUGAAAUUGGAUAUUCAUGCUGCAGACAAGGAUCGACAAAGAAGCCUCCACCUGAACAUCUAAGAGAUGGAGCAUGUCCAGGCCUUCAAACUAAAGAUGAGAUAUUAGAAGGCGAUCCUGAUUCCACUGAAAAAAUAGAUCCAAAAGUUCAAGCAAAACGGAACACACCCACUCCCGAUAUUUACUCAAAAAGCCCGAAAGAGAACCAGUUCAAUUACUCUAAAGAAUAUCUUGAAAAUCUCGAGAGAUUACGAAAUAAUUCAAGAACAGAAGUACCAGAUUGUAACUGCUUUCCCGCCGAUAAAAAUCCUCCUGAACCAGGAAGCUAUUACACUCAUUUAGGUGCAGCAUCAUCUCUUGCAGAAUUAAGGAAGGAUCUAGAAGCUAGAACUGGACUAUCAGGCAAGGAAUUGAGAAUUGAGAAAAUUUGUUACACUGGCAAAGAAGGAAAAACAGCUCAGGGCUGUCCUAUGGCCAAGUGGGUGAUAAGGCGCGCAAAUUACACCGAAAAAGUUUUGGUCGUCGUAAAAUUCCGUAGUGGCCACAAAUGCGCAACGUCCUGGAUCGUAGUGUGCCUCGUAGCUUGGGAAGGGAUUCCUCAAUCUGAAGCUGACUUGGAUUAUACGCUGCUUUCACACAAACUCAAUAGAUAUGGCCUGCCCACGACUAGACGUUGUGCCACUAACGAGAAUAGGACUUGUGCAUGUCAAGGCUUGGAUCCAGAAACAUGUGGCGCCUCCUACAGUUUCGGCUGCUCCUGGUCCAUGUAUUACAAUGGAUGCAAGUACGCCCGUUCAAAAACCGUCCGCAAGUUCCGACUUUCGGUCAAAACUGAGGAGAGCGAGAUUGAGGAGCGCAUGCAUGUGCUGGCGACACUACUCAGUCCCUUGUAUAUGAAUUUGGCUCCGAAAUCCUUCGACAAUCAAUGCCAGUUCGAGAAAGAAGCGUCAGAUUGUCGAUUAGGGUUCAAACCGGGACGACCUUUUUCUGGCGUAACGGCGUGCAUCGACUUCUGCGCGCACGCGCACCGCGACCUGCACAACAUGAACAACGGGUGCACGGCCGUGGUGACGCUGGCGCGGCACCGCGCGCUCGCCGCCGCGCCCGACGAGCAGCUGCACGUGCUGCCGCUCUACGUGCUCGACACCACCGACGAGUUCGGCUCGAAGGACGCGCAGGACGACAAGGUCAAGAGCGGCGCGCUGCAGGUGCUGGACAAAUAUCCAAUGGAGGUCCGAGUUCGAUCAGUACCUUUACAACCUUGCAGACGUCACGGCAAAAAGCGUAAGGAAGAAGACAACUCAGAUUCUAACAAUUCUUCCACAAAUACUCCACAAGCGAGUCCUGGAAAUCAAAAGAAGUCGCAAUGUUCCACACCGGGCCCGAAAACUCCCCAACCCAACGAUUGUAGGAACAUUGCUAGUCCAAGAAGUCAAAACAGUGCAUCACCACGAGCAAGUACCCCCGCCUUACACCCGUCUAACUCUUCAGCGUUUCAACCAAAUCCAAACAACCCUCAUUAUAAUUCUGCCUUUGUAAAUCCUAAUAUGCAUAACUCGAAUCCUAAUCUUAUAAAUCCAAAUAUGAGUAAUCCGGCUCUGUUAGAUAUGGCCUCAAUGAUUGAUAACUUCACAGACGCACAGUUACAAAGCAAUCAAAUAUCGAGUACCGUUUUAGAUUCGCCUUAUAAUCCUUAUGAUCAAAGCUAUAACAUUCAUAACCAAAAUAAUUUAUACAAUCCAAAUCACGCACCGCCCGUGGUAGACGCUAAUUGCCAAAAUGCAAACCAGAACCAGUUGCCUAGUUUUGCAUCUGGUCUCCAAAAACGUGACCAACAAUUCAAUGCUCCCAAUGUUCCUGAAAUAAAUAAUUCGCAAAAUCCUUGGCCCGAUUUUGGUAAUCCUGAAAUGUUUAACAACGUUGUUAAGGAAGAUCCAGAUUCUACAACCGCUCAUUUGAAUAUGACUUCCAAUAAUUAUAGCCCAGACUCCAAUAGAAGUGACACAAACUCUGAUCAAACCAAAAUGACCCCAGAAAUUGAUAAGCAAAGUUUAAUGCCAGAUAUAUCACAAAAAAUGCCUGAAUUUGAUAUACCCAAUUCGCAAAGAAUAACUGAAAUUUCUCAAAAACCUCCGAUCACGCCUGAAUCUCCGGCUUCCUCACAUAUAACAGAAAUGAAAUCACCAAACAACGAUCCAUCAGUAGCUGGUGACGCUCGUAAGAGUGUAUGGAGAUCUCCAGAACAUAGAAAUUGGGAUCCCUCAAAACCAAAAGAUGCUGCAGUUGACAAUGAAAAUGCAGUAUUUAGAGUACCAAAGGCCAGACCACCGUCCAGAUCGCAUGUAAAUAUUCCCGAAGGCUUGGAUCAAUCCACUUUUUUAAAACCGUAUCCUCCUUCUGAUAGACCUCACUUAAGUCAGGGCUAUGAACAUAGAAGUCCCUAUGUUCCUUCUCCAAGAGCCCCCCACUAUACGACGGAGUAUCAGCAGCAAUACGCACAACAAGCUCCUACUACUGGAGUAACAGCAGGGAAUGAAUCCAGACCGGCCUCUGCAGCGUCCUACCAAAGCGCAGUUCCAACUACAGCCGCACCCGUUUAUACAGUAAGCCAACAAAACUAUGAGCGCGCUGAAUAUACGUCAGAGCACUCAGAAGAUUACAAUAACGGCGGUGACAAUACAACAAGCGAUUCGAACAAUGACGGUGAUAGGCAAGAACAAAAUACCCAGAAUGGACAGCAUUCGGGAAACGCCGAGCCUGGAUACCUGCAGGGGAGCAACGGUCCGCGAGCUUCACUCGAUUGUAGCGGGUAUUCGGGCGGCUAUACAAGCGGACAACACAAUGAAAACAAUCAAACACAAAAUCAAAACGAUUGGCAACAACGGCAAUGGCAACAUAACCAAAGAUUACAGAAUCAACAAAUCCAAAACCAACAGCAAAUUAACCAAAUGCAGAGUCAACAGCAACAAUUACAAAAUCAAAUCAACUAUCAGAACCAACAAAUGCAAAAUCAACAAUUACAAAACCAACAAAUUCAGAAUCAACAAAUGCAAAACCAACAAAUUCAAAAUCAACAAAUUCAAAAUCAGCAAAUGCAGAAUCAGCAGAUGCAAAAUCAACAAAUGCAAAAUCAGCAGAUCCAAAAUCAACAAAUGCAAAACCAACAAAUGCAACAGCAAAGACAAGAGGAGUCUGAACAGCAGAUGUUCUCUCAAUCAGACAGGGUUAAUUUGAACUCGAGACUGAAAACAAUGAUAUUGAAUAAGCAAAACCAUACACGCGAUGGCACGAAUACGCCUCCUGACAAAGGUGACCCUGGAGAGGGGCCGCCUCGAGGGUUAGACGAUAGAAAAGGUUGUGUAUCCGUCGCUGACGAUAGAAAUACUACCGGUCAUUUUUUAUCGUAUAGCCACCAUCUCCGAGGUAAUUACCGCGUAGGCGACCAGGUAUAUCCUGUCGCUGGUAAUUAUACACAAAAUUCCCACACUUAUAGUGCGGGUGAAUUCGGAGGUGGUGGCCACCACGUAUGGGAGGGGGGGACGCAAGUCCCGAGAGAUUAUGAUAAGCACAAUACAUCGGAGAACGUUUCUAAAGCUCCUCAAAAGCUGCCGUCGUAUUCUGAUAUGAGAGGCCAAUAUGACAGUUAUACUAAUGUACACUAUGAUGCGCAUAAAUAUACGGAAAUGUAUGCUAAUGAUAAUAUAAGCUAUAAUCAGCAACAAGAUAGUAAAGAUUUUCAAUCAAAAAUGCUUAUUGGACCUGUAUCGGAAAUGAAUCAACAAAAUUGCGUGCCGCCUCGAGAUGUAAACGCACAAAAGAGAGCUUAUGAAAGAGAAGCAUAUGAUGCAAAAUUCAAACAUCCGUCUGCACCUUUAAUACCUAAAUUAGAAGCACCUGAUAAUUAUCAAUAUCAACAAGACGAAAGGAUGAAAACAGAACCACAGCAAAGAAUGGUAGUCAAAAAUUCUUAUCCUAACAAUUUAAUUGACCCUAAACGAGAUUAUCAAAAUGGUGUAAUACCAAGAUCACAAUCUAACGUUUUACCACCCAUUUCUACUAUUAAACAUGAAAGUUUUAAUCAGAAACCAGUGGGCUACCAACAAUUUCAAAACUAUCCCUUAGAACGGAGACUAGAAACUGUUGAGAAUUACGCACAAAUGCCACGGCUACAUGAAAAUAUGGGGUUUCAACGAUAUAACAGAAAUUUUGAAACUAAAACAAAAGAUGAUCGAAAAAUUAUCCCGGGUAACGUGACAUUGGAACCAAAGCCACCUUAUUAUAUAGAGCAAAUAAAAUCCGAACAUUCACCACCAGGACACAAAAUAUAUAAAAAUAUAAAUUAUGGUCCAUCAAAGAGCGAACCGUACAUGUUUGCUGGUGACGGGGGACCCGCUGCUAUAACAAAUGAAAUUGGAUAUUCAUGCUGCAGACAAGGAUCGACAAAGAAGCCUCCACCUGAACAUCUAAGAGAUGGAGCAUGUCCAGGCCUUCAAACUAAAGAUGAGAUAUUAGAAGGCGAUCCUGAUUCCACUGAAAAAAUAGAUCCAAAAGUUCAAGCAAAACGGAACACACCCACUCCCGAUAUUUACUCAAAAAGCCCGAAAGAGAACCAGUUCAAUUACUCUAAAGAAUAUCUUGAAAAUCUCGAGAGAUUACGAAAUAAUUCAAGAACAGAAGUACCAGAUUGUAACUGCUUUCCCGCCGAUAAAAAUCCUCCUGAACCAGGAAGCUAUUACACUCAUUUAGGUGCAGCAUCAUCUCUUGCAGAAUUAAGGAAGGAUCUAGAAGCUAGAACUGGACUAUCAGGCAAGGAAUUGAGAAUUGAGAAAAUUUGUUACACUGGCAAAGAAGGAAAAACAGCUCAGGGCUGUCCUAUGGCCAAGUGGGUGAUAAGGCGCGCAAAUUACACCGAAAAAGUUUUGGUCGUCGUAAAAUUCCGUAGUGGCCACAAAUGCGCAACGUCCUGGAUCGUAGUGUGCCUCGUAGCUUGGGAAGGGAUUCCUCAAUCUGAAGCUGACUUGGAUUAUACGCUGCUUUCACACAAACUCAAUAGAUAUGGCCUGCCCACGACUAGACGUUGUGCCACUAACGAGAAUAGGACUUGUGCAUGUCAAGGCUUGGAUCCAGAAACAUGUGGCGCCUCCUACAGUUUCGGCUGCUCCUGGUCCAUGUAUUACAAUGGAUGCAAGUACGCCCGUUCAAAAACCGUCCGCAAGUUCCGACUUUCGGUCAAAACUGAGGAGAGCGAGAUUGAGGAGCGCAUGCAUGUGCUGGCGACACUACUCAGUCCCUUGUAUAUGAAUUUGGCUCCGAAAUCCUUCGACAAUCAAUGCCAGUUCGAGAAAGAAGCGUCAGAUUGUCGAUUAGGGUUCAAACCGGGACGACCUUUUUCUGGCGUAACGGCGUGCAUCGACUUCUGCGCGCACGCGCACCGCGACCUGCACAACAUGAACAACGGGUGCACGGCCGUGGUGACGCUGGCGCGGCACCGCGCGCUCGCCGCCGCGCCCGACGAGCAGCUGCACGUGCUGCCGCUCUACGUCCUCGACACCACCGACGAGUUCGGCUCGAAGGACGCGCAGGACGACAAGGUCAAGAGCGGCGCGCUGCAGGUGCUGGACAAAUAUCCAAUGGAGGUCCGAGUUCGAUCAGUACCUUUACAACCUUGCAGACGUCACGGCAAAAAGCGUAAGGAAGAAGACAACUCAGAUUCUAACAAUUCUUCCACAAAUACUCCACAAGCGAGUCCUGGAAAUCAAAAGAAGUCGCAAUGUUCCACACCGGGCCCGAAAACUCCCCAACCCAACGAUUGUAGGAACAUUGCUAGUCCAAGAAGUCAAAACAGUGCAUCACCACGAGCAAGUACCCCCGCCUUACACCCGUCUAACUCUUCAGCGUUUCAACCAAAUCCAAACAACCCUCAUUAUAAUUCUGCCUUUGUAAAUCCUAAUAUGCAUAACUCGAAUCCUAAUCUUAUAAAUCCAAAUAUGAGUAAUCCGGCUCUGUUAGAUAUGGCCUCAAUGAUUGACAACUUCACAGACGCACAGUUACAAAGCAAUCAGAUAUCGAGUACCGUUUUAGAUUCGCCUUAUAAUCCUUAUGAUCAAAGCUAUAACAUUCAUAACCAAAAUAAUUUAUACAAUCCAAAUCAUGCACCGCCCGUGGUAGACGCUAAUUGCCAAAAUGCAAACCAGAACCAGUUGCCUAGUUUUGCAUCUGGUCUCCAAAAACGUGACCAACAAUUCAAUGCUCCCAAUGUUCCUGAAAUAAAUAAUUCGCAAAAUCCUUGGCCCGAUUUUGGUAAUCCUGAAAUGUUUAACAACGUUGUUAAGGAAGAUCCAGAUUCUACAACCGCUCAUUUGAAUAUGACUUCCAAUAAUUAUAGCCCAGACUCCAAUAGAAGUGACACAAACUCUGAUCAAACCAAAAUGACCCCAGAAAUUGAUAAGCAAAGUUUAAUGCCAGAUAUAUCACAAAAAAUGCCUGAAUUUGAUAUACCCAAUUCGCAAAGAAUAACUGAAAUUUCUCAAAAACCUCCGAUCACUCCUGAAUCUCCGGCUUCCUCACAUAUAACAGAAAUGAAAUCACCAAACAACGAUCCAUCAGUAGCUGGUGACGCUCGUAAGAGUGUAUGGAGAUCUCCAGAACAUAGAAAUUGGGAUCCCUCAAAACCAAAAGAUGCUGCAGUUGACAAUGAAAAUGCAGUAUUUAGAGUACCAAAGGCCAGACCACCGUCCAGAUCGCAUGUAAAUAUUCCCGAAGGCUUGGAUCAAUCCACUUUUUUAAAACCGUAUCCUCCUUCUGAUAGACCUCACUUAAGUCAGGGCUAUGAACAUAGAAGUCCCUAUGAUAGCCGGACAAAUCCCCAUCCUCAAACGCCAACCCCACCAGCUAAUUACACAAUUAAUCAUGAAGAAUCGAAUCAAAAUCCAACGAUGGCAAACAAGUCAGAGACAACAACCAAUAAUUACCCAGUGAAUCAAAACACAUACGGUAAUCAGUCUCCAAUUCAAGGUUAUAGUAAUUACCCCACCGUGGGAAAUGCCUAUGCAUUUCCAUCAAAUCCCUAUGGCCAUUUUAAUCCUUAUGAAAAUUCUUAUAACGACUACAAUAGCAUAGCUUAUUACAAUGCAGAAAAAUACAAAAGAGAAGAGUUAAUUAGAAACUCCCAUUGUUACAAUUCAUACGGUUAUCAGUACAAUCCAAAUUUCGCUUCAAAUUUUUAUCAAAAUCCAUCUCCAAAUUGGUGUCAAACAUCGCCUAAUUGGUGCAUAUAUCCACCACCGUUUUCAAUACCCUAUCCACCAGAGCCUCCAAAAGCUGAACCUAUUGGAGAAGUUACUGGUGUGUCCGACAACCUGGAAUGCUUUAAAGAUAGCCAAAUGGGGGGUGUUGCGAUAGCAUUGGGUCAUGGCAGUGUUCUUUUCGAAUGCGCUAAACAUGAAAUGCAUUCAACUACGGCAGUAAGAAAUCCAAACAGAGCAAAUCCUACUCGAAUUUCGUUAGUAUUCUAUCAGCACAGAAAUUUAAACCGCCCCAAACAUGGUCUCGAAGAAUGGGAAGAAAAAAUGAGGUUAAAGAAACUUGGUUUGAAUCCACCGACGCCAGGUACUCCCGGCCCCAAUUCUAAUUCAGCUUCCCCAGCUUCAACGCCUACCCCUGAUCAAAGGCAAGGUCCAAACCCAGAAAAGUGGAAAAAUAAUGAUAAUUAUAUACCGGGUGGGUAUAGCUCGUUAACUGCCUUAGUAGAAGCUACCAAUACGGCGAAGAAGAAAGGGCAAAUUAUGCUCAGGGCUGAAACACAAACGACCAUGUCAUGGACAACUUUGUUUCCAAUGCAUCCAUGUACCGUGACAGGUCCUUACCAAGAGUCCGGCACCUGACGCAAGCCGGGCCCGUCGGGCCAAUGUUCUUCCAAAAGACGGAGUGAAAUCGCUUCCUUAGCAAUGUAAGGUAUACGAUGCCUUUCGAUUCAGGUCUUCUAGAGCAAACGUGCUUUCCAAAAGUCUUGUAGUUCCUCGUUUUAUAAUAUUAAAAGUAAGCUCUCGAUUUUUCGAUAGACUGGUCCAUUGUUCCCGCGAGAUUCCACUAGUGCAUUUACAUCGGAAUUGACUACCAAUUUUUAUCACGUAUUUUUUUUUCAAGUUAAAUCAAGUGAGCUAUCAAUCAAAGAUAUAUUUUUAAUUUUAAAUAGUGUUUAUCGCAUUUCAACUAGUCUUAUGUUACUACCUUAGUAUCGAAUCGUAUUUUUUAAGACGAUAAUUGUAGUUUUUUGUAUAUUCUUGUGUUUGUAUUUAGUUUAACCGGUGUCUCAAAUUAUGGAAUUAGUUUAUUUUUAUACGCUCUGUAUGUCAUAAGAUAGAAUUGUCUGCAUAUUUUGUCGGUUUUAUUUUAGCGCGUGAUAAUGAUGUUAUGCGAUACAAUGAUCUCAUAAACUAAUAAAUCUACAAUUAAUUCAUCAUUCAGAGCGAAAGUACAAACAACGUUUUAUAUAUUUAUCUGUGAGACGACGCGGCCGCGAGGAGACUAGCACGUUCGACGAGUAUUUAUUUGUAUUUUUGUACGUUUAUCUGUGUAUUAGUUAUUUUAAUGUUAAUUUUCAUUCCUCUAUGCAUUAGCGGUUGUUUUUUGGCGUUGUUUUAGUGAUUUAAAUAGCAUCAUGGCGAUACGUGUAUCACAAACGUAUUUGAGUGCUUUUCUAUUAGCUUAAGACGUGUGUAUUUUUAACUUUUUAGAAUAUUUAACUUAUUUAUAUUGUAUUACGUGAACCAUUAUGAAAUCAUUUUCUUUGUAAUAAUUUAGUGUUACUGUAGGUAUUAAUAUUUAAUAUAUUUGCUUUUACAUCUAUGACAUUAAAUUAUUAGAAGAUUUCAUAAGCCUUCUUUACUUUCAACUCUAGUGCCUGUGUCUGGCUUCAACCAGAAAGUUAACUUUGUAUCGUAUUUAGAUAAAAAUCAUUUUCGAACUUUUAAAAUGUGACCUUAUAUUUUAUGGAUUACAUUAAAUGAACUUUUUCUAAUUUUUAGCGAUGAUAAAAUUUUAUAAAUUAGUCAUACAAUAAAAGAUGAAUAAAUAAAAAACAUAAGUUUAUAUAAUAGUGUUUGCGAAAAAUUCAGGCGCUUGGAAAGUUUAUAAAGUAGGCAUUAUAUUGAAAAUGAUUGAAAACAUACUGAUGAAUAGUUAUUAAUAUAUAAUUAGGCUAAGAAAAGUUUGUUUUAAAGAUUAAACUAUUGAUAUAGUUUAUAUUUUUUACGUGUACGUAUUUAUUGAAUGGUAAAUUUAUUGGGACGAACGUGAAAUUAUUUAUAGGUUAUAAAGUUUUGAGAACAAAACUUAUAAAAAAUAAGCAAUAAUAGACAUCGGGGUCUAUGUACAUUGUAAUGUAGGAGUGAAAAAUAAAAUUAAUAAACGAAUGGUGCGAUAUUGUCGUCGAUCUUAUGGAUAUGCUUGAAAUUUUAAAUUGUAAUCGUUUGCCUAACGUUAUUCUGAUAUUAUUUGUGUAUGUCAUUGGUAAAUGCCCAGUUCUUGCCACAGACGUCGUAACGUCUUCAUUUUGUGAAAUAAGACAUAUCAAAGCAUUCGCAAACGUCAUCACAACUCGUACCAAAACUUCUUUAUUCACUCGAAUGUUUUUAUGUACCAACUAAUUUUAAUUUAUUUA